AGCCUAAAAGAAUUUGGAUACUGUGCGUUCAAGACCGGACAAAGAAAAGUGAUAAGUCGGAUACUCUGUGGGAUGUCGACCCUUGCUAUUCUUCCAACCGGUGGAGGAAAGUCCUUGUGUUACCAGCUGCCCGCCCGUUUGUACGCUGCACGAUCGGAGUGUAUUACUUUGGUAAUAUCUCCUCUAGUUUCUCUGAUGGAAGAUCAGGUAUCAAAAUUUCCGCCUUUCCUCAAAGGUGCCUGUUUGCACUCUAACUUGAGUCAAUCUCAGCGAAAAAAGGUGUACAAACAAUUAGAAGAUAAAAAAAUCUCUGUGCUUCUCACCUCACCGGAGACAUUAGUAUCUGCUUUAAAUGAUGGCGAACGUUUACGAACACUUUUGCCCCCUGUAGCUUUCGCGUGCAUUGAUGAGAUUCACUGUGUAUCGGAAUGGUCUCACCAUUUUCGACCGUGCUAUUUAUUACUUUGUAAGCUACUUAAAGAACGACUCGGAGUGAAAUGCUUAUUAGGGCUCACAGCAACAGCGACAGUCCCGACCAUAAAUUCCGUUUGUGCCCAUCUUGGAAUAGCGAAUUCAGACGAUGGAGUUAUUCAAGGGAUUACUCUACCUGAAAACUUGCACAUAUCAGUUUCUUGCGAUGAUCGGAAAGAUAAUGCACUAGUCACUCUCCUGAACGGUAAUCGAUUUUUAUUCAAAAAUUCAAUCAUAAUUUAUUGCACUCGAAGAGAUGAAACUGAGAGAAUAGCCCAGCUUAUACGCAGUUACCUACUUCGUCAAACAUUUGAAGGUAUGUCAAAUGUUACAGAAGUUACUUAUACCCUCUCAAGAGAAGUUGAUCUUGAACAUGCUGUAGAGUGCUAUCAUGCUGGAAUGUCACCUCGCCAACGAAGAUUAGUUCAGAAAAAUUUCAUGUCUGGUCGAACAAAAAUCGUAAUUGCCACCGUGGCAUUCGGUAUGGGCCUUGAUAAAGCAGACGUUCGAGGCAUCAUACAUUACAACAUGCCGAAAACUUUCGAGACCUUCGUCCAAGAAAUAGGACGUGCAGGCAGGGAUGGUCUACCGGCUCACUGCCAUGUAAUUUUAGGAGAAGACAAUCACGAUAUACGUGAACUAGAGCGUCAUGUUUACGCAAAUGCUGUUGAACCUUAUACUAUCAAACGAUUUAUCAAUAUGCUAUUCCCCUUCUGUGAUUGUAUCCAAGAGAAAAAAUCAGAAGGGUCUAGAAGUGAAGAUCAUGAACCACAAAACUAUGCUAUUGGACAUGAAGUAACGAUACCGAUCGAUAAGGUCACUGUCAAUUUGGAUAUAAGGGAAGAAGUGUUUAAGACUUUACUAUGCUACAUUGAUAUGCAAUUUCCUGGUCUGAUUUCUAUCCUAAGUCCGAUUCAUUCGGUCUGUGAAAUCAUUUGUUCAGAUAGUUACUGGAAGAAGCUUGUCCAAACAGUACCAAUAAUAACAGCCGCAGUUAAGUUACAAAAAAUUAAAAGACUUGAUAAAAGAUCGCCUUGUUUUACUUUUCCGUACGUUCAAGUCGCUGAUAAAAUGGGAUGGGAUUACGAACCCGUACGUCGUGAGCUUUUUAAACUACAGUGGCGUAAAUCCAAUGAUAAUACAAAUAAAUUUAUCAAAAGUGGUAUUAAUGUAACUUUUACAAUCAAUUCAUUUCAUGUUCGAGUGCCAUGUUGUUUGAGCGAUAGCGAUAGAGAUAACAUAGCUUGUCAACUUUUAGACAUUGUAAGACAAAAAGAGAAAGAUAGUUUACAGAACUUGCAAAUAAUUUAUGCUGCCCUACAUAGCGUUGCUUAUAAGGAUUGUAAAGAUUGUAUCGAUACCGUCGAUCCCGUAAAGUCAUGUGAACUACAGACACUAAUAAGAGAAUAUUUUAAAUCGCAAGAACCAAGUUCAUUACUACUAUCUAAAAAUAUUAAUACUGAAGCCCAUUUACCAACGCUACAAGUUUCUGAUUCUACGAUAGAUGGCUUACGUCGGGAUAUCUGUUCUUUUUUAUCAACGUAUAACGAAAAAUUUAAUGGUUCAUCAAUUGCACGUAUCUUUCAUGGCAUUGGAAGCCCAGCUUUCCCAGCAGAAGUGUGGUACCGGUGCAAAAGAUUUUGGAGGAGGCAUAUGGAUGUCGAUUUUAAAACUAUAAGUCGGGUCGCUACCCGAGAGCUAGUA